AAGGUGAUGAUAAAGCCCGAUGUACCGAAAAAAUGCUUUAUGGAAACUGUUGAAGAAUGAAAAGCAUAGGCGGCGGAACGGGGAGGGCACCGGGGCACCGUGCCCCCCUUUGAUUUUAUCAUUUUAAUAUUCAGCCCUAUAAGGGCGUAUAAUUGAAGGUGUUCCGCCGCUACUGAUGAAAAGUGCCUUUUUAUUGCACAUACAUCCCAUAGUUAAACAUACCUAUCUUGUAGCAGUUAUCCUGUCCACAUUUCUGUUGGCACGGAGUUCGAUGAUGACGUUGCUGGGCGCUUCACGGUUGUCCACAGAAGACGGUGACGUCUCGGACGGGACGCUGUUUCGACUGGCUCGGCUCUGGUCUGGCUCGGCGGCACCAUGAGGUCACCGGUCGGGAUGAGAACGCUGUGGCUGCUGGGGCUGCCGCUGCUGCUGCCGGCCCCGGCGCUGACCGGGUCCGUGGGUCGCCGCAGCCCGGGGCCGGCCGUGUGCGAGAUCGCGGUCUGCUCGGUCCGGCCCUCGUGCGCCAAAGCGCGGAGCGUCAGCUGCCCGUCGCCGGGAAAUGAGACGUUGACUCUGCGUCAAGAUUUCUUUCCGACGGGCGUUCUGUCGGUGAACAUCAGCGGCUGGAGCCACGUCAUUAUCGACGAGGGCGCCAUCAAGAGCCUCCACUCUCUGGUCAACUUCACCAUCAGCCACGCUCAGCGGCUAGACAUCGAGAGUCAUGGCAUGGCAUCGCACAGUAACAACAGCCUGCGCCUUGUUAGGUUUGAAAACAUCGCAUCACUCCAUGUCAAGACGGGAUCGUUUGCUGGUCACUGGGAAUCACAAACGGCGAUUCAGAUGCACCACAUUGGACAUCUUGAUGUUGAAUCCAGAGCCUUCGACUAUCACCAGGCUGAGGAAGCCGACGAUCGCCGGGCUGAGGAGGGUCCCAGUUUCCUGCUGCAGUAUGUGAAGAUGCUGAACUUGGAGUCCAGCUGGAUAACAGGCUCAGUUUUCGAAUACGUUAUGAACAAUGUCACCAUGGAUGUUUGCCAUGAGGAGAGUUUCGGUGGACGUGCCUUCUUCAGCGAGUGGAACAAUGUGACAAUCGGCAAUAUAAGUAACAAAUGCUUCCACAGUCGCAAUGACAUGGCGUCUUUCGUCGUUCGCAAUCUUCUGGUGAAAGGUGACAUGCACCCCUACGCAUUUUCCGGCGCAGUGAAUGAACUGAUCAUCUGGGAUAGUUAUUUUGACGUUGUGCAGAGCAAGAGUUUCAACAUGACAGUUUGCACAAUGCAGGUCAUCGGCUCACGCAUUCGGGAACUGCAGCCAGAAGGCCUAUGUGUGUCGGUAAAGGAGAUUCUUCGUCUCGAGACAACACGAAUUGAUCAUAUUCACAAGGACGCCUUGGUCAGGAUCACAGUCGACGAAAGCAUCAAGGAGCUGGAUCCACUGCUUACCCUGGACAAGCUGACCAUCGUCAAGGCGGACGCCGGCUCCAUGUCCCUGUCCAGGUGCGCCAAGGUGCGGAUGAUCUGGCUGGACAUGCUGUACCCCUGGCCGCGCAUCUGCCCCGCCUACAAGUGGGUGCAGUGGCUGACGGAGGGCGGCGUCGACCGCCAGCUGGGCCAGUACCAGUACCAGCUGUUCCUGCAACUGAUCCGCCGGCGCAUGUGUUCCGGCGAGAGCCUCAUCAGGCUCCCGCGGCUGGUGGAGGACCCGGAGUGCGCGAGCCACAGCCGCGCCUUCAGCGGCGCCGCCCCGGGUCGGGUCGGCUAGGACACCCUCAUACAUAGGGAGACUAGUUACACACCAAGGGCAUUUCAAAUCAGAGAUGAAUCAGGGGUCAUUAACUUCAGUGCUUUGUGAGAAUUGAUUGCUUUGCACAACAAUGCUUUGA